UGUCUAUUUACUUUUAAUUUUGAUAUAGGUGAAAGGACUUUUAAUUAUGGGAAAUGCAGAGUCAAGUGAUUCUCAUGCUGAUUUUCACCAGCGACCCCGGUACUCUGAAGGAAGUUCAGCAAAUACUAGCUACCAAUAUCAUCAACCCCCUUCCUUCGUUGGAAGUUCAGCAAGUGCUAGUCAUCAAUAUCAUGACCACCCUUCCUAUGAUGAAAGUUCAAUGAAUACUAGCUAUCAAUAUCAUCAACCGGUUCAACCCUCUUUAUAUGCUGGGAGUUUGGUGAAUACCAAACAUCAACAUAAGCAGCGACCCACAUAUAUACCUGACAAUUUCAGUUCAUUGGAUCAGGUUGUUUCCGCUUUGAGAGAAGCUGGUUUGGAGUCUUCGAAUCUUAUAAUUGGUAUUGACUUCACCAAAAGCAAUGAGUGGACAGGAAAAUAUUCUUUCAACCAUAAAAGCCUUCAUUAUAUUGGAAACACUCCUAAUCCAUAUGAGCAAGCGAUCUCUAUUAUUGGCCGUACUCUCUCUUCGUUUGAUGAAGACAAUCUGAUCCCAUGUUUUGGAUUUGGUGAUGCAUAUACACAUGAUCAGAAUGUGUUCAGCUUUUAUCCCGAUGAUCGCUAUUGUCACGGUUUUGAGGAAGUACUUGCACGCUACCGAGAGAUUGUGCCACACUUAAAAUUGGCAGGUUUAAUAUUAUUGUCCUUGCUGACCAUUUUUGACAAUUUUCUUUUACAAGUUUAUAUAUCAAACAUAUUUAGGACCCUGCAGAAUAACCCUACUAUAGUGAUUGUCUAGAAGCACCUGUAUGAUGAUGAUGGCAAGUCACCACUGUAAGAAAAAUUAUAAAAUGUAUACAUGAAAAUAUGACGUAAAAACUUGUAGAAGACAUGCUAGUUGAUGUGCUGAUCCAAUGACCUAGAAAACUUGUGAAAGUAAUGGGCUUUGUAUGCAGUUUAUAAGAAAGUGUUAUCUGAAUGUUGUGUGUCAAAUGCAGAUCAAGUGGUAUGUUUAUACCAAUUUACGGAAUUAAAUACAACAAAUUCUUGACUAAAAAUCAGGAAUAAAUAAUCCUAAUUUUCUACAAUCUGUAAUUGCUAGUGGCUAAUUACAUUCUAACAGUCUCUCUCAAGUUAAAGUAUAUGUCAUAUAUACUAAGUUUGUUACAAAUGUACUUAACCCAAGGGCAUAUGAGGGACUUGGUGAACACGUCUACCAAUUGGUUGAUAGAAUUGACAAAAUCGGUUGUGUUUACUCUAAAGAGCACCUUUUCUCUAAAAAAGUGAUCAUUAAUCUUUAUGUGUUUGGUUCUUUCAUGGAAGAUUAGGUUUGAUGUAUUGUAAAGUGUAACAAAUAUGUCCACAAUUUUUAGUUCUUGUAGUAGUUGCUUUAGCCAUGU